CAACAAUUCAUCACCCCGAAAGACUCGCGCGGAUUUCUGCCGCAUCUGCGACCUUCCACUACAACAACUCUCACAUAGGGCCGAACUACCCGCAAGUAACCUUCCUGAUAAACACAUACAUGUUCCUCAAAUCUCGUGCUUCUCCAUUCUCUUUCAAGAGUCUGCGUACCUUGUCAAGCACUUUUCCUUCCUCUCACAUCCAGAGCAAAUCCAAUCUUGCUCCCCUGCAUCCAUUGACCUUUACACCAGUCCGGACCUACUACGGCCAUAUCACAGACCACAAGAUGGCGCCUCAAUUGGAACCCUACUUCAAGAAGGUCGAUGAACUGGCCGACUCAUUCAUUGAGCGUAAGCAAAGAAGCCGUCCGCUUCAACACCAUCAGUGGCGGGGUAAUGACAGAGAUUUGCAACAGGUCUGCGCAAAGCCGUCGCCAUCCCUUCCGUGUCUGCAGAUGAAGAGAAGAGAAAGGAAGUCGUACGGGUACGGGCAUAUUGUAUCCAGCCAUGACUUGGUCGGACAUGACUGAAGAAAACAAUAGAUGGGCCAGUUCCUCGCCAACGAGCUUGAGACACUCGGCGCAGAAGUGCAACAACGACCCUUGGGCAAACAGCCGGGCAAGGAACACCUCGACCUCCCUCCCGUCAUCAUUGCGCGCUACGGCAACGACAAGUCGAAACGAACAAUUCUCGUUUACGGGCACUACGACGUCCAACCUGCGCUCCUGGAGGAUGGCUGGGCGACGGAACCCUUCAAGCUGACCAUUGAUGACAAGGGCCGCAUGUACGGCCGUGGAAGCACUGACGACAAGGGCCCUGUGCUGGGUUGGAUCAACGCCAUUGAGGCACACCAGAAGGCCGGCGUGGACUUCCCCGUCAACCUGCUCUGCUGCUUCGAGGGUAUGGAAGAAUACGGCUCCGAGGGUCUCGACGACUUUAUCAAAGCCGAGGCCAAACAGUUCUUCAAAGACGCCGACGCAGUUUGCAUAAGCGACAAUUACUGGCUCGGUACCGAGAAGCCUUGCCUCACGUACGGUCUCAGAGGAUGCAACUACUACUCGGUCGAGAUCUCCGGCCCAGGCCAGGACUUGCACUCUGGCGUGUUCGGCGGCACGGCACACGAGCCCAUGACCGACCUCAUGGCCGUCCUGGGCAAACUGGUCGACGUCAACGGGAAGAUCCUCAUCCCUGGUAUCAACGAGAUGGUUGCGCCUGUCACGGAGGAUGAAAAGGCCCUCUACGGCCCCAUCGCCUACACCAUGGACAACCUAUACGAGAGUCUUGGCAGCACGACGGGAAUCUUUGACGACAAGGAGCGCACGUUGAUGGCGAGAUGGCGGUUCCCGUCACUGUCGAUCCACGGUGUCGAGGGUGCCUUCUCGGCCCCAGGCGCAAAGACCGUCAUCCCGGCCAAGGUCAUCGGCAAGUUCUCCAUCCGUACCGUGCCGGACAUGGAGUCACCGCAGGUCAACGAGGCGGUGUACAAAUACGUCAAGGACGAGUUUGCCAAGCUCGGGUCCAAGAACAAGCUCGACGUCUACUGCCAGCACGACGGGAAGUGGUGGGUGGCCAGUCCGAAGCACUGGAACUUUUCGGCCGCGAGCAAGGCCGUCAAGGAGGUCUACGGUGUCAAGCCAGACAUGACCCGCGAAGGUGGCAGUAUCCCGGUCACCCUCACGUUCGAGGAGGCGACCGGCAAGAAUGUGCUCUUGUUGCCCAUGGGAAGCAGCACGGACGCGGCGCACAGCAUCAACGAGAAACUCGACCGGAGGAAUUACAUUGAAGGUACGAAGCUGUUGGGUGCGUACCUUCAUUAUGUUGCGGAAGAGCCCAUGGUGGCUGCGUAGAUACCUAUCUUAGGCACCUAUUCGUGUCUGAUGCCCUCGAGAAGUCAACGAUAGCGGCAGAGAGGGACUCGACUGUUCACCUGGACCUAAAAUAGAAGUGCUAUAAGACGACUUGUUAAAUUAUGCCGAUUCCCGAGCCCUAGAAAAGUAUAGUCUCGUAUCGUACAGUAUUUAUCUCAGAAUCCUCGACCCUCAUACACCAGGCACUAACGAGCUUAAGUUCACCCCAAUCUUGAUCUUGAUCGGAACCACGAAACAAACCUGAUCUUGCCUACGGCGACGCAUUCCAGGAGCGGAAACAGACGGAUCCAGGCUCCAGUCAGUUUCCAAAACGUCUCCAUCUCAUAAGACCUUCGCAUUCUCAAGGAUGAAGAGUCACGCUCGAAGGGAAUAUCUAUACCGUCCGCGUAAGCAGACUAACACUAAAUCUACCAACCCAAUAAGAGACUUCCCCUGCCACGGACGGCUUGAAAUCGGAUGCUGUCACGGUUAGGAGAGGUCUGAUCUUGGAGAAGCAUGCAUGCCUUGAGCAGCGCUUUCGCUUCCCAAGGGAAACGCAACGACCUCUGAGCUGGGAUGCCACCGAUGCAGGUCGUCGAUACCAAUGACCUCGUCUUCUUUGACGUAAUGUUGCAUCAGGUCCAUGGUGAUAGGUGAAAGAGCUCCUAGUUACAGUCAGGACAUGUACUUCGUCGACUAUAGAUCGCGCAAGGCUGAACAAGUGGACCUUUAAGUACGAACCUGUUGAGUCUGACAUAAAGGUACUAGCGCGGACGAUAAGCCGGCGAAUUUGUAAUGAAAUG